AUGCAGUGGGUUCGCGGCAAGUGUUUAGGGAAGGGAUCUUAUGGCUCGGUGUUCUUGGCCCAUCCAACCACCCCUGAUUGGCCGUUGCUUGCUGUUAAGUCUGCCUACUUCAGAAAAUCUUCUUCGCUAAUGAAAGAAAGGAGGAUCCUGCUCGGUCUUUUUGGCUCUGAAGGGAUUGUCAAAUGUUAUGGAUCCUGUUUGAGUCUUGAGUUUUUUACCACAGUUUACAACCUACUAAUGGAGUUUGCACCUGGAGGCUGUCUUUUGGACUUGAUCAACAAAACUUAUGGAGGAAAAAUACCUGAGAAUGAUGUGAGGCAGUAUGCUGGAAUGAUUCUUAAAGGUUUAUCUUCCAUACAUAAAAAUGGAUACGUUCACUGUGAUCUUAAGCCUGCCAACAUCCUAGUUUUCCCUUCUGAACAAGGAUUGAGUCAGCUCAAGAUUGCAGAUUUUGGCCUCGCCAAAGAACUUGGUGAAAGAGAUUUGGGAAAACCCUGUAGUUUCCGAGGAACUCCCUUGUACAUGUCUCCUGAAUCCGUAGGGAUUUCUGUGAUAAGACCAGCUUUGGAUAUUUGGUCUCUUGGUUGUGUUGUGAUUGAGAUGAUCACAGGAAAUCCACCAUGCAAGGGACUGGGCAUGCAAGGGUUAUUAAACCGUUUGGUGCUUGAGAGUGGAUCGCCUGACAUACCUGAGAAUAUGUCAAGGGAAGGGAAGGAUUUCCUAAGCAAGUGUUUCAUGAGAAAAUACUAUGAGAGGUGGACAGCUGAUAUGCUCUUGAAUCAUCCUUUUAUUGUCGAGGAAAAGUUUACUUAA